AUGGUCAUGUGGACUUACCACUUGCGCUCAAUUCCGUUCUCGACAGGCGUUUUGGAGGCCUUGGAUGAUAUCCUCAGUGACCAUUUCCUGCCGGCUUUGCUGGUUCAUGGAAUUGCGCAGGCCAGCCACCAACGUCGGCUAAUGGCUUUGCCUGUCCGGCAUGGGGGCCUCGCCGUCCCCAUAUUGUCGAAGACGGCGGCCGGGGAACAUCAGGCCUCUGUCAGUGCCACUGAUCCUCUGGUUCAGCUUGCGCUAUCAUCGCCUUCGCCUGACUGUGCUGGUGCGUCACUGCCUCCACCUGCGGGACCGCCUCUGCGUGAUAUUAACCAACCACCUAUGGGACCACCCCCGCAUCAUUGUGCUAAUAUGUCACCGCUUCUGCCUGCUGGGUCGCCUUUGCCUGCCUGUGCUGAUGCGUCGCUGCCUCGGCCUCCGCGGCCGCCUCCGCCUGACUGUGCUGGUGCGUCGCUGCCUCCACCUGUGGGACGGCCCCUACCUGGCUUAGACCAACCACCGGUGCGACUGCCUUCGCCUGACCGUGCUGCCGUGUCACUGCCUCCGCCUGCGGAACCGCCUCUGCCUGACUGUGCUCGUGCGUCGCUGCCUCCGCCUGGUCUAGACCAGCCACAUGUGCGACCGCCUCCGCCUGAUUAUGCUGGCGCGUUGUCGCCUCCGCCUGCGGGUCCGCCUCCGCCUGAUCUUGACUAA